AUGUAUAAUAAUGGUAUUAAUAGAAUAGAAUCAGAAUUCAAAUCAGAAUUCAGUAUCAUCUAUAAUAAUGGUAUUAAUAGAAUAGAAUCAGAAUUCAGUAUCAUGUAUAAUAAUGGUAUUAAUAGAAUAGAAUCAGAAUUCAGUAUCAUGUAUAAUAAUGGUAUUAAUAGAAUAGAAUCAGAAUUCAAAUCAGAAUUCAGUAUCAUCUAUAAUAAUGGUAUUAAUAGAAUAGAAUCAGAAUUCAGUAUCAGGUAUAAUAAUGGUAUUAAUAGAAUAGAAUCAGAAUUCAGUACCAUGUAUGAAAAUGGUAUUAAUAGAAUAGAAUCAGAAUUCAGUAUCAUGUAUAAUAAUGGUCUUAAUAGAAUAGAAUCAUAA